CAGAGGCUUCAUAAAUGUUUGCAAACACGUGGGUUUAAUGUCAUUGAUAUUGUUUCUGCUGAUGUUGGGAAUUUGUGCAAGGAUCUACUUGGAGCAAUGGGGUUGAUGAGUGCCAGUCCCUUUGAACAACAAGCGGCAAUAUAUUCUUUAACAACUUUGAUGUCUAUAACACCUAAAGACACUUAUGUAGAAUUUGAAAAGCAUCUGAGAAAUCUUCCAGACUUUUAUUUACAUGAUAGUCUUUCAGAGAAUGACAUUCAGGUUUUCCGUACUCCUGAGGGAAUGCUUUCAACUGAGCUAGGUGUUUAUGUUGCAGAAGCUGUUUCUGCUAAGAACACUAAACAAGCAAAAGGCCGUUUCCGGGUAUAUGAAGACCAAGAUGACAUGGACCAAGUCAAUUCCAAUCAUUCUACAAAGAGAGAACCAGCUAGUAGAGAAGUGGCUGGUAUGGGUAAAAAGGAUACUGGGAAGUCAACGAAAAAAAUUGAUAAAGGAAAGACAGCAAAAGAAGAGGCACGGGAUUUGUUGCUUAAGGAGGAGGCAUCUAUACGUGAGAAAGUCCUAGAAAUACAGAAGAAUUUAUCGUUGAUUCUGAUGGCCCUUGGGGAGAUGGCCAUUGCCAAUCCUGUGUUUGCACACAGUCAAUUACCUUCUCUGGUCAAGUAUGUUGAUCCUUUGCUAAGGUCACCCAUAGUUAGUGAUGCAGCCUAUGAAGCCUUAGUGAAACUCUCUAGAUGCACAGCUAUGCCUCUUUGUAAUUGGGCCCUUGACAUUGCUACUGCUUUACGUCUCAUUGUCUCCGAGGAAGUUCGCAUUCAUUUUGAUCUUAUUGCAUUGGUGGGUGAAGGGGAAGGCAAAGAGAAACCAUUAUUGGGACUCUUUGAAAGGAUAGUAAAUGGAUUAACCGCUUCUUGUAAAUCUGGGCCUCUUCCUGUGGACUCCUUUACUUUUGUCUUCCCGAUAAUGGAGCGAAUUUUAUUGUCCUCCAGGAAGACAGGACUUCAUGAUGGUGUGCUUCAGAUUCUUUACAUGCAUAUGGAUCCUCUUUUGCCUAUUCCUAGGCUUCGGAUGAUAUCAGUGCUUUAUCAUGUUCUAGGUGUUGUACCUGCUUAUCAAGCAUCUGUCGGAUCAGCACUGAAUGAACUGUGUCUUGGUCUACGACCAGAUGAAGUGGCAGCUGCUCUAUAUGGAGUGUAUGCAAAAGAUGUUCAUGUGAGAAUGGCCUGCUUAAAUGCAGUGAAAUGCAUUCCAGCUGUGUCUAGCCGAUCUCUUCCUCAAAAUGUUGAGAUUUCAACAAGCAUAUGGCUGGCUCUCCACGAUCCAGAAAAGUCAGUUGCAGAAGCAGCAGAGGAUAUAUGGGACCGCUAUGGGUAUGACUUUGGAACUGAUUAUUCUGGACUUUUCAAAGCACUUUCUCAUAUUAAUCAAAAUGUCCGCUUGGCUGCUGCGGAGGCAUUAGCUGCUGCUUUGGAUGAACAUCCAGAUUCUAUACAGGAAUCACUUUCAACAUUAUUUUCUUUGUACGUCCGUGAUGCUGGUUUAGGUGAGGACAGCAUUGAUUCUGGUUGGCUAGGCAGACAAGGCAUAGCUCUGGCUUUACAUUCUGCUGCUGAUGUUCUGAGAACAAAAGACCUUCCUGUUGUUAUGACAUUCCUAAUAUCACGAGCGCUUGCUGAUCCUAAUGCUGAUGUUCGAGGAAGAAUGCUUAAUGCUGGUAUCAUGAUUAUUGAUAAGCACGGGAAGGAUAAUGUUUCUUUGUUAUUUCCAAUUUUUGAAAACUACUUAAACAAGAAGGCAUCAGAUGAAGAAAAAUAUGAUCUGGUUCGCGAGGGUGUAGUAAUUUUUACUGGAGCCCUAGCAAAACAUUUGGAGAAGGAUGAUCCUAAAGUUCAUGCUGUUGUAGAGAAGUUGUUGGAUGUAUUAAACACUCCAUCAGAAGCUGUUCAGCGGGCAGUCUCAUCAUGCCUGUCUCCAUUAAUGCAAUCAAUGCAAGAUGAUGCACCAGCACUUGUUUCUGGGCUGUUGGAUCAGCUAAUGAAAAGCGACAAAUAUGGAGAACGUCGUGGAGGAGCAUUUGGACUUGCUGGAGUGGUUAAGGGAUUAGGACUUUCUUCCCUGAAGAAGUAUGGCAUUGUGGCUGUACUAAGAGAAGGUUUUGCAGACAGGAAUUCUGCGAAGCAUCGUGAAGGGUCUUUACUGGCUUUUGAGUGCCUUUGUGAAAUGCUUGGGAGAUUGUUUGAACCGUAUGUGAUCCAAAUGCUACCAUUGCUUUUGGUUUCUUUCUCCGAUCAAGUUGUUGCUGUCCGUGAAGCUGCUGAUAGUGCUGCUCGUGCAAUGAUGUCUCAACUGAGUGCCCAGGGGGUGAAGCUUGUCCUGCCAUCACUAUUAAAGGGUCUUGAAGACAAAGCUUGGCGCACAAAACAAAGCAGUGUACAACUACUUGGUGCUAUGGCUUACUGUGCUCCUCAACAACUAUCUCAGUGCCUUCCAAAGAUCGUGCCAAAAUUGACUGAGGUUUUAACUGAUACACAUCCCAAAGUCCAGUCAGCUGGGCAGACAGCACUUCAGCAGGUUGGGAGUGUGAUAAAGAAUCCUGAAAUAGCUUCUCUUGUCCCUACUCUUUUGAUGGGUCUUACUGACCCCAAUGACCACACAAGAUAUUCUCUUGAUAUACUCCUCCAUACAACUUUUGUAAAUUCAGUAGAUGCACCUUCUCUUGCUCUAUUGGUGCCUAUUGUACAUAGAGGUCUAAGGGAGAGAAGCGCUGAAACCAAAAGAAAGCUGCACAAAUAG